AUGAACAAAACAGAUAUAGUAACUAUAUUAUCAUUAUUCUCCUCGCCGAAGUUAAAGGAAAGAAAUGCAGCCUUGGAAGACCUAACCACAGUAUUGAAAGAGGAUCCGUCCAAAGUCCCUUCAAAGGCUCUACAUGGGACAUCUGAAACGCUGAUCGAAUUACUUGAUCUAGAACAUAGGAAAUAUUGUGAUCUGUUGGAUGAGCCAUCGAAGUCAAAUGAAAGUAAAUUAUCCUUAUCCGAGAAUAGACUCUCCACAAUUGCAUACGUUUUAAGACUUUUCAUUGAGAAAGUUGGAUACAGAUUCAAAUUAAAGACAUUAAACUUGCAUCUGGCUAUACUUCCAGAAUUGAUGGUUAAAGAUAUAAAUCAAAUAUUAGUAGAACCGGCCUCUGUUCAUAUAACUUUUGCAUUAUUGAACAUUAUUGAGUCAUGUCCUUUUCAAUUAAAAUUUACCGCCCAUCAAUGGUUAUCAUUAAUGGAGAAAGUAUGUCUAUGUUUAAAUAAACAAAUUUCGAUUUCAGUAUCAAACAGAACAGUUUCAAACCUCAUCAGUAUAAUGGCAUCCCUUUUAAAACUUGAUACAAUUGGGUUAUAUGAUAGCUCAUUAUCUAUCCAUGGAACAAUUUUAUGCCUAUUGAAGACUAUUGAGCAUCUUUCUAUCGAUACUCGUACAAUCUUACAGAUUGUAAAUCUGUUACUUGCAAAGACUUACAUGAGCCAUAUCAACGUAUGCUUUUCAAUAAUUGAAGAAACAUGGAAGUAUGCCAUUAAUUUCAAUGAUACCACAAUAGAGAACCUUCAAGAUGAAUUAAUAUAUCAUUAUCUUUUAUCAACUGAUUUAAUAUACCACAAGUUGCCUAAUAUGGUUGGUGUUACAUUACCUCAAUUUGAUGAUGAUAAUUUCCUGGAUAUUUUUAAACAGACAUUAAACACAAGAUUAAACAGUUAUAACCCCAGAUUAUUUGAUCUAAAAUGUAUUAUUUAUAAUAAAGAAAUAAAUAUCAACAAUCUUGAUUGGUUCAAUUUUUGUGAUAUUAAACUAAAUACACAAGAAAGUCCCAAAUCAUGGACAAACGUUCUAGUAUUAGUUAAAUUACUACAGACAUAUUUCCAUUUAAAAAAAAAUUCUUUCAGUUCUAUUCCUUUAUUCAAAAGGAGUAGAACUGAAAAUGAAUUCAAUUCUGCAUUGAACAAUUGCAUAAAUAUCGAAUCCUUCUUGACCGAAUGUCUUUCAUCUACAUCAUCUACUAAAGUACAUUUAACAUCUCUCCAAAUAUUUACAUUUUUAGCCUCAAUAUCGAAUAUUCGUGAAUUGAGUCUAAAUGAAUUUAAGGAAGUCCUAUUACAAAGAUUUGAAAAUUCUGACUUAAUAAGUUGGUGUACAAUAUCCCUUAUACCUCUUCUCUCACAAGAUGGUUUACAACUAACAGAUGAAGAUGUUGUCAAAAUAAUGAAAUUAUGCCUACCACUUAUUAAAGAACCCAUUCACUGCAGGUCAGUUUGUUCCUUGAUAUCAAGAUUGAUUAAAUAUUCCGAUAAUAUAGUGACAGAUUCCACACUAAAGAACCAAAUAUACGAUCUUUAUGACCUUUCCGAUGUGAAUGGUCCAUCAAUAAUAUGUAAUGAAUCGUUUGAAUUCUGGCAAUAUCUUCAAUAUUAUACCUCAGAGUACCGCUCAAGGGAAGGCAAAUCGAGUGAGUUAAGAGUAAUGAUAUGGCUGCUGAACUCAUGGGAUGAGAUUUUCAUUGGAACAGAAAACCAAGAUGAAAUAUACUGGUUUAUAUUAUGGUUCACAGGGAUUAAGGUUGAUGACAAUCCUAGAAUAGCUGAAACUAUAACGGUUGAAAAUACAGAACAAUAUCAGGUGUGGGGUCCUAGAAUUACGCUAGAGAAGGAAAGUAGACCUCACAGACAUUUUUUAAUUCAACUACCAAACUCCGCUAAACAACCAAAGGUCAAAAAAAGGACCAUUCAAACCAUUCGAGACAUAUCAAAUAGCAAGACCAUAAAUGAUAUACUUUAUAAGGCCUUAGAUCUUCUUGAAAAACGUGAUACAUAUUCAAUCGAUGUGAUAUUAAAAUGGGCAUUCACGCUUUUGAGAAUUGGAAAAGAUCUUAAAUCGAACAAUCAAUAUGAGGACUUUAUACAAGCACUGAAAAAUACCUUCUAUCUUUCAAAGAAUUCUGUUAAAUUUGACUCUUAUAAGAUAUAUCUUCAGUAUUUCAGGGAGAUGAUCACAGGAAAUUUUGAUUGGAUUUUGGUUGGAGAAAUAUUUGACCUAUCUUACAUUUUUAAUAAUUUCACUGACAAAUUUUUAGCAGUAAACACUAACAAGGACGAAGAAGACAGAGAUUUUGGGAAUACUUCCCUCGAAAAACUAAGUAAAAGAAUAGGAACCUCGUUACCACAUGAAUAUUCUGUAAUAUAUGAUUCAUUUGACCUUCGUCUUUCUUUUGAAGCACUGACACAUGUUAUCCUUGACAGUAAUUCCGAACUCAGAUUUUCUAUUCUAUUAGACUAUCUAACGAAAUUAACACCCCAAUCAAUAAUAUCAUGUCUUAAAUUGUUGUUUAAGAUAUCUCCAAACAAUAAGAAAUCAACAUUAAAAAUUGAGAACUCACAAUUAGAGCAACUGACUUCUUUAGUAGGCCAAAAGUUACUAUCUAAUCAAUAUAACACGUCAAACGCAACUAUAGAAUGUCUUUGCGAUUAUUUAUUUAUUAUUGAAGAACAUUGGUUAUCUGAUCCAUCUAGUCACGUCUAUUCAGACUGUAAUGAUAUAUUGAAUUGGCUAAUUAUGCGUUUUGAAGAUCAAACGUUCAGUGGGACGAACGCACUAAGACAUCUAAUCCUACUGUUUCUCAAAAUACUCACUUACCCCAAUCUCUCUCAAAAUACUAGCAAGGGUACCAAACAACGAAUAUUUGAAAUACUUAUACAAUGCCUACAAAUAUUAGAUACUAAUUCUAUCAUGUGUGUUGAGAAUUCAAUCAUCGAAUAUAUGAAGAUCAUUACAUACAAAAAUCAAAACAUAUUUUUGGCAGAGAUGUUAAAAGUUUUUGAUGUCCCACAACAGAGCAUAGAGUUAGCAAGUUGUUAUACACUGACGUUAACUCACAUGUCUUCAAUAUCGUAUUCAAUCCUGGUAAAAUCUCUAUUGGAUAUGUUAUCAUAUCAUCAGUAUCCUCACGUCGAAUAUUAUACUCAUUGUGCCCUUGAGACAAUUUCCAAAUCAUGGAAAAUGGAAAAUCCUUUGGAAUUAUUUGAGAUGUGUAAAUUGGAAUUGUUGUCUAAUUGGGUAAAAGGAGUUGCAAAAGGUGGUUCAACAUCCAAUUAUCAAUGGGAUAUUACAGGAUUUGGAUUUGCUGACAUUAAUGACGUUUAUAUAAGGUAUUUGAGGGAAAUCAGUGCAAUAUACAUAUCUUCAGGGUCUAAUUGUAAAUACGUCCUUGAUCGAUUAUUAGAAAAUGGAUUGAAGGAUGAAGCCGAUAUAUUAGCCAGAAGUCUAUUCCUAGCUAUUCCAUUAGCUUUCAUUGAAGAUAAUAUAGGAUCAGUAAUAUUUGAUGUUGGUUCGCAGUUACUUGGUAGAAAUAUGCAAGUAUAUGAAAAGAAGGAUUCUUUAUUGACUUUUAAGACCUUUCUAAGAUUACUGGACCUCGGUAGACCUGAUGAUUUAAAUAAUGCAUUACAACUGUACUAUCCUAAUCCAAAUAAUUGGAAUGAAGUUAUCAAGAAUGAGAACUCAACUACCCGUUAUCAAUUUCCAUUUCACAUUGAUCUACUCUCUGGUGUGAAAUUUAUGCAUUCAUAUUUUGCUGACUCAGAUUUUGUUGGACCAGAAGUUUGUGAACAACUUCUAUGGGCCGAAUUGACCGAGUUAGAAAAUUCAGAAACAGUGAUAGAGAAGUUAAGGUGUUUACGUGAAAUAAAAAUUAUAUUAUUUCAUUUCAAUGAGAAUAUAUACCAGUGCGAAGGGUAUCCUAUUAUUAUCCAAAAAAUUGCCCAAAACAUUACCAAUGAAAAUUUACUAUUUGACAUUAUCCCUUUGCUACAAUUGCUAUUUACUAAUGGGGAGAGAACUGUAGUGCACAGUAAAAAAUCAGUUUCUACAAUAUUCCUUCAAUUUAUUAGAUUGAAGCUACAUAUUAAUAUGUAUUUUGGUUAUGAAAUUACCAAUUUACUAUGCGAAAUUUCUGCCUCUCUAAAUCAAAGUAAUUCCCCAUUAUGGUUAAUAUGCAUAGAAUAUAUUAAGGGGAACGAUGUACAGAUGGAUUAUAAUAUUAUAAGUGAAUUAUUAAAUAAUAAACUCUACUGCCAGGAUGAUCUGCUAAUUAUAUCCGUAUUGUUGAGUGACACAACUAAGGUACAUCUCAACGAAUCUCACUUCAAAUUAUCAGAGAUUGGUUUAUCCAGAUUAAUAACCACUCAAAUAGAUAUUCCGGAAAUAUCGAAACGGUUUGCCCUUCUAAAAGCCUUAUUUAUAAAAAUUCAGCAUGAAACGAACAUUUUUAUUCCAAGAGUACAUGAAAAAGGAACAAUUAUCAUAGAGUGUAAAAACCUGUUCAUGAGUUCCAAUCCAUUAAAGAUUUUCUAUGAUGAUUUUCUGAACUUUAACAGUAUCCUGGACUCUAAAAACGAUAGCAAUAGAACAUUUCUUUUAAGUCGUACGAUAUUGAAUUUCUUGAUAAGUUCCAUAGGAUCUAAUAAAACUAUGGAGAAUACAAAAAUUAAAUUAAGAGAUUUUCCAGAUAAAUUGAGCAAGACCCAGGAACUAAUAUAUGAUGUCAUGACUCCUCACUGGAGGCCACAUCUAAAUAUCAAUGACUUUGUUUUAGAUUCAAAAAAAUAUAUCAGCCUUAAUUCCGAUUUAUGGCAGACAUUAUUUCUAUCUGCAUUAUUGCAAUCAAUAUCAUUCACAGUUCCUAUAAUUUCAAUAUUCAAUCCUUUGAUCAAAGAAUCUCAACACUAUCGUGAAAAAACUUUUAAUACCAUAAUAAUCCUUUCGUUAUUCUAUGAACCCAAAGGAUUCAUAGAAUGGUAUCCUGCACUAAUAACUACUGUAAUGAAUAGUAAAUAUGUUCAUGAUAGUGAAACUAAACUAAAGUUAAUUCUCUCAACAAUUUCUAUUAUAAGGUAUGGCUGUAAACUUCACAACAAAUGUUGUAUAAAAAUAUUUCAAAAACUAAACAUAUCGCGAUUAUGUUUUCUAACUAUCGAUGCCAAAAUGCCGACAUUAGGUCUGAUGUUAUACGAAGAAAUGUAUAUUGGCAACAAUAUUGAAUUUGACCAAAUUCUUUUAUCAAAACUGUUCGACAACAUUGGCGACAGAGACUUCCAAUCUGGUAUGCCUCCGGCUCAUUCUUUAAUGGAUGCAUUUAAUUCAACAAUUAAGCUGGACUAUAACCCAUGGAAAAGUUUCGUAUUUUCAAAUGCCAAAUUUGAUGCAAACUAUAAAUUACCUAACUCGGAUGAUUUAAUUAUGUUAAAGACAGCUACUGAAAGGAAUGGCUUUUAUGGUAUCACAAAGUUGAUAGAUAAUGGGGAUUCAUUGCACGAACUACACAAAAAUUUCGACUGGAAUUUUCAACUUGGUAAUUGGGAUCUGCCAUUUCCGGAAAAGAUAAAUAAUGUUUCAAAGGGAUUAUAUUCUACUCUGAAACAUGUCAACAAGGAACAUAGUUCUGUUACUUUUGCUUUGCAGGAGUCAUUACUUCACGUUAUGAAUUCUCAAAAGAAUUUUGAAAAAACUGAAGAUUGGUUGGGUCUUAUUACAGAGAUAGGUAAGUUGAUUGAUAUAGCCCAUAGUUUAAAACUUCCAAUGGAUUUAGGACAAACCAUAGGUAAAAUUCUCAAAGAAUCAAACAAAUCACAACAGUGUGUCGACUUGGAUAAUCGCAGGAUGUUUCUACAAAGCAGAUAUUAUUUUUUGUCAGCAAUAUCAUCCAACACAAAAUUGGCGACCCAAUAUAAUCCUAUUACACUGAAUCUAGCAAGCACCAUCAUGCUUAAGGAUCAAAUAAAAUUUUCAAUUAAAAACCAUAAAUUACAAGAUUCACUCAGAAACGCAUUUAUUUUGAUAUCUUUAAACAAGCAUUCUCAAGAUUUAUCAUUAGAUAAUAAUUUUAGUGAUUACUCAUCACGUUUGGUAUCAUUUUUAUCUGCGAUUACCCUAUGGGAGUCUGAUGACUACAAAACUCCUAUAAUGAUGAUGAAUGACAUAUUAAAGACUGCAGAUCCUGAAGUUAGAACAAAUAAUUCAAAAUAUAAAACGCUUGUUAAUUUACUAGGUGUAGAAAAUGGUAUCGUUUUGGGUUAUCUGGUAAAAUGGUGCUCUGAAUCAAGAAUGGAGUCUCCUAAUGAAAUAUACAAUAAAUAUAUAUCAGGUAAAACCAUCGAUGUGGAAGAAAGUGAUCUUCGAGCAAGAACAUUUCGAAUAUUUGGAGAUUUCCUAAAUAACCAAAUUAAGAAACUACUUGCAAGUGAAGAAAUUGAAAAAUACCAAGAGAGGAGUACCACAGGAAAGCAUACUUUAGAAACACUAACAUUAAUUUCACAGAGCCAAACAGUUCCAGAAAAAGAGCGAAAAGAUGCAAAGCGACAUAUUUUCAAAGCUCAGUUACAAUAUGAUAGAGAUAAAGCCCGAUUAAAUGAUUUAGAACAGCUACGUGAUGAGUUUACAUAUGAAUCAUUAAAUUUCUACAUGAAAACAUUAAUAUCUACAAAUAUUUAUGAUUCAGAUGUGAUGGAUAAGUUUUGUGCAUUAUGGUUUGAAAACGCAAACAACGUACCACUUAACCAAAAAUUAAUGGAAAAUAUUAGUGGAAUUCCAAGUUGGAAGUUUAUACCGUGGGUUAAUCAAAUAUCUUCAAAAUUAAAUAACGAUAAUUCGGCAUUCCAAAAACCGUUACAAUUAACCAUGAAAAGAUUAUUGUAUAAACUACCAUACGAGUCAAUUUACUCCACUAUUAGUAUUAAACUUUACCAGUAUUACACCAUUGGUUCUAAUGCAGCUAUAGCGGGGAAGAUUACAGCUGUAAAGAAUAUAUUUGAGAGUUUACAAUCAUUUGAUUCCGGCAAUUACUACAGUAAAUAUGUUCUUCCUGUGGAAGAAUUCUGCCAGAAAUCUGUUGAAUUAGCAAGCUUUAAAGUCAAGGAAGCGUCUAAAAUAAUCAACCUGAAGAAUUUGAAAAUAGGCGAUUAUUGGCUGAAUAAACUACCUAUUAGUAAAAUACCACUUCCAACUGACCAUAUUGUUAUCGGAAGUUCUGAAGACGGAAAGAAAGACCGACCAUAUAUUGUGUCCGUAACGGAAGAUAUCCAAGUCACAUCGACAGGUAUUUCAUUACCAAAAAUUGUAAAAUUUAAGAUGUCUAAUGGACUUACAAAACAGGUAUUAAUGAAGGGAAGUAAUGACGACUUGAGACAAGAUGCCAUUAUGGAGCAAGUAUUUACUCAAGUUAAUAAUAUUUUGAUCCAAAAUGAGGAACUUUCGAAAUCCAAUCUCAGAAUUCGUACAUAUAAAGUUAUACCAUUAGGUCCAAGGGCUGGGAUAAUUGAAUUUGUAAAUAAUUCAAUUAGUUUACAUCAGGUUCUAAAGGAGUAUCAUAAAGAUGACAAGAUAAAAUUCGACGAUGCAAGAAGAGCAAUGAAAGCUGUUCAGAAUAAAACGAAUUCAGAAAGAUUGAAGACAUACAAUAAAAUAGUUUCUAUAGUUGAGCCUCAACUACGGAUGUUUUUCUUUGAGAAUUUCGUAGAUUAUAACGAAUGGUUUGAAGCUAAAAAAUGUUACACAAGAGGUAUUGCCACAAAUUCCAUUGUCGGUUAUAUUCUUGGUUUAGGUGAUAGACACUUAAACAAUAUUUUACUUGAUUCUGCUACUGGUGAACCAAUCCAUAUCGAUCUUGGUAUUGCAUUUGAUCAAGGAAAAUUAUUAACCAUUCCUGAGCUAGUACCAUUUAGACUCACACGAGAUAUAGUUGAUGGGUUUGGAAUCACAGGUGUUGAUGGACUGUUUAAGAGAAGUUGUGAAAGAGUGUAUACUGCAUUGAGAAAGGACUCCGAGAAAGUGAUGUGUGUUUUGAAUGUUUUGAAAUGGGAUCCCUUAUAUUCCUGGGUAAUCUCGCCGGUGGCAAAACAUAAACAUAUCUUGGAAGACGACACUGAGAUGGAAGAUAAUUCUAAUCUUGCACAGAAGACUAAUAAAGAAAUUAAACAAGUCGAAGAUAAUAAUGAUAACCAAGAAUCUAAUAGAGCAUUGAAAGGUGUUGAAGAGAAAUUGAACGGGGAUGGCUUAAGAGUAGAGGCUACGAUUGAGGGAUUAAUCCAGGAUGCUAUCAAUCCUGAAAAAUUAUCUAUCAUAUAUAUGGGAUGGUCACCAUUCUAUUAA